UGGGUUUACAAUCCGUGUCAUGUGUGUAUAUGGUUCAUGCAAACCAUAUCGGUAAAUGUGUAGUAAAAAUGCGGGAGUCGUUCAUGAAUAAGCAUCUUCUGGAUCGUGAAGGAAAAUGCUCAGGACGCGCGGCGCAGUGCAGCUGGUGAGCCCGUGCGCACGGGAGCGCGCGCACCACACAGUUGCCUGACGCUUCGGAUUCUUUGUCAGCAACUUUUAAUAGGUCAACUUGUCCACGGCAUCUAUGUUUUAGGGAAGAACUCUCAAACUAUGGGAAAGAGGACCUGUUAUUAACGCUGAAUCUGCUGAAAGUGCUACAUGAACGCUAUGGAUAUGUCUAAACGAAUGCUGAUUUUAUGGCUAACCUGUUCACUCGGACCUAUGCUGUCUGUCCAGAUGUGUGAGGUCAUGUGGGAGCUGGAAGCAGAGAAAGGGGAGUGUUUAUCCAAGUUGGAAAAUAUCACUACAGGAUGCCCAGGUGAAUGGGACCUAGCAUGUUGGCCAUCAGCUCAGGCUGGAGAGAUAGUGACCAUCCCCUGCCCCAAUUACUUCAGUCAUGUCAGCAAUAUGGGGGGAAACAUUUCAAAGAGCUGUACUGAGAUCGGCUGGACAGAAAUAAACCCAGUUGUCAUUGCAUUAAAUUGUGGCUACGACCCUAAUAUCACAGUGGAUGAAAAUAUGGGUGACUUUCUGGGCUCUGUGAGAAUCGGAUACACUAUUGGCCACACUGUGUCUCUCAUAUCUCUCAUCAUUGCCAUCACAAUACUGGGCUUCUUCAGAAAACUCCAUUGCACCAGGAACUACAUCCAUAUUCAUCUGUUUAUGUCCUUUGUACUAAAAGCUAUCGCUGUUAUAAUGAAGGAUGUAGUUCUAUAUGAGGUGGAGGGACCCGAUGACUGCCAUUAUGGAUCUGUGGGCUGCAAGGCGGCUGUGGUGUUCUUCCAGUAUGGCGUCAUGGCCAGUUUCUUCUGGUUGUUGGUGGAGGGUUUUUAUCUCCAUGCUCUCUUGGCUGUUUCUUUCUUCUCGGAGAGGAAGUACUUCUGGUGGUACAUCCUGAUUGGAUGGGGAGUGCCAGGUAUCUUCAUAGUAGUGUGGAGCAUCACAAAAGUGAAUUUACAUGAUAUUGGAUGCUGGGAUUUUAUUGAUGAUGAUCUGUGGUGGAUUAUUAAAACUCCAAUUUUAAUAACUAUAAUGAUGAACAUCAUUCUCUUCAUUUGUAUCAUUCGAAUACUUCGUCAGAAAAUCAGCUGCCGAGAUAUUGGGAGAAAUGAAUCACACCAGUACUCGAGAUUGGCAAAAUCAACCCUACUUUUGAUUCCUCUGUUUGGAAUCAACUAUAUAAUCUUUGCCUUUAUGCCUCAUCACAUACAGUCUUACAUGCGUUUGGUGUUCGACUUGAUCCUGGGGUCCUUUCAGGGAUUUUGUGUUGCUGUCCUGUAUUGUUUUCUAAACGGAGAGGUUCAGUCUGAGAUCAAGCGAAAGUGGAGGCGGUGGCACAUGCAGAGGUUUCUAGGAGCUGACACCAAGUACCAGGAGCCCUCAAUGGGAAGCAAUGGCAUCAACUUCAGCUCCCAAAUCACCAUGAUGACCAAAUGCAGCCCCGCCACACGACGGGCCUCCGCGUGCCAAGAUGAUUUCUCCACCGUCUGAGCGACUCUCCAUCAAAGAUGUUAGACAGAAACCAACGUAUCUGUGCUUACACACACAGGAAGGCUACCACUCACAUCUCAAACAUGUCCAAGGUUGCUGCUCAUUUCCUGGUCACUGGGAACAUGCAGGACGGCGAUCACCUCAGUGCUCAUGGAGUCUGAUUGGCAUGUGAUGUACAUGGACAAUUUAGUCAUGAUGAUUUAUCGUCAUAGCCAUGACGUUUAUCAGAAGAGAACUCGGAUGAAAGAUGGGAAAAUACAAGUACUGUUUGACGUUUGAAUGUUAUUAGCAGACUACUGAUUCAAAACAAAACCGUCUUAUGUAAAAGUACAAUAUCUGUUUUAAGAGCAAGUUCUGGAUCUUCAGUUCUAACCAAGCUACAGACUGUUGCUUAAGAAAUGGAAAUUUAAUGCAUGAGGUGAAAGAUGUUUGUUUGAUUUGUGAAACAGUCUGCCAUACACAAAGGUAUGUGCAUUUAUUCUCUUCAUUAGCGUUCUCUGUGUGCCUGUGAUGGCAUACUGCUCUGUUGUUCUGCACUCCCCUGCCCUCAUUAUGCUGCUUAAGAUUCCUCUGACUCCAAAUAACCUGAAAAUCUGAGCCGUGUCUCUAAUUUUUGUCUUUUGACUUAUUCCAGGAUGAAUUAAUGUGACAAUCUGACAUUCUGGUAACAUCCUGCUUUUGUAUCCUACCAAUUUGUGUCAUGUAAUUCUGUUUCAGUGAACAAGCAUAUUAAGAGAAUCCUCACUUAUAGUGUGUCAAUAAAUAUGGUGUUUUAUGGUAAUCAUUUGUAGUUUAGCGAAAAUGUAAUGUUCAGUUAUGUGAAAUAUGUGAAUGUUUACAUGGGUUGUAUAACUGCGCAUGUAUUCCAUAUGUUGACAAUUUCUCUGAAAUGGUUUCUUUUUAUCAGAAUGUUCUUCUUAGAAGAAGAUUUUUAUGUCUUUGUCUGAUGAAUGUGUAAGGUUAUUUAUAGCUGUUGCUGCUGGCAUGCCCGUCAUGUUUGCAUACAUAGUUCUUUUACCUCAGUGUAAGAUAACAGUCAAGAAAAAGUGUCUUGGAAAGUGUUUUAUUUGUUCAAUCUUGUAGAAUUUUUUAGUUUUAGAAUGAAUACAAUUUAAUCGUACAUUAUACUGUAUAAUGUCUUUGCUGUUUCAGAGUAUUUAAGUGUUUGCUGGUGGCUGCUGGUAUAGGUAGGCUACACUUUUGGCAUUAGACUUUUGUAAAAAAUUAGAAGCACACAUUUAUGUAAUCACCUGUGCAUUUAGUGUGAAAACUAUAGUACUGUAUUACUAAAUAGUAACAUGAUAUUGACCUUCUCUUCAGAAUCCAACAA